GACGCCUCUGGUCUGCCCCCAAGUUACAACACGUAGCGUGGAGCAGCAGGUCUAAAGACAGGGAAAGAGGAAGGGAAGCCACCGUGUGAGACCGGGACACCAUGGAAAAAGUCACUAAAGAUGCUAAGACUAACCCGGCAGCGACGGCGAGCCUUUUGUCCAAGGUGUUUUUCUGGUGGCUCAACCCGUUGUUCACCACUGGGUACAAGCGCCGGCUGGAGGAAGAUGACAUGUACGAAGUGCUGCCGGAGGACAGGUCGGACAGACUGGGGCAGGACCUGCAGAGAUACUGGGAUAUUGAGUUCCAGAAAGCCACCAAAGAGAUGCGGAAGCCGCGACUCACCAAAGCCAUCAUUCAGUGCUACUGGAAAUCAUAUUCAGUGCUGGGAUUGUUUACACUCAUUGAGGAGAUAAUUAAAGUGGUUCAGCCGGUCCUCCUGGGGAAGAUGAUCGAGUACUUUGAGAGUUACGACCCAGAUAACAUAACGGCCUUACAUCAGACCCUGGGCUAUGGAGCUGGGUUGUCCCUCUGCGCCAUCGGCCUGGUGCUGCUCCAUCACCUGUACUCCUUCCAUGUGCAGAGGUCAGGCAUGAAGAUCAGAGUGGCCAUGUGUCACAUGAUCUACAAGAAGGCUCUGUGUCUGAGCAGUUCAGCCAUGGGAAAGACCACCACAGGCCAGAUUGUCAACCUGCUUUCCAAUGAUGUCAACAGGUUUGAUGAUGUGACCAUCUUCCUGCACUACCUGUGGGUGGGGCCCCUCCAAGCAGCUGUAGUUGUGGGGCUGCUGUGCCUGGAGAUUGGUCCUUCAUGCUUGGCAGGCAUGGUGGUCCUCAUGAUCCUGAUGCCCGCCCAAACCAUGGUUGGAAGACUCUUCUCAAAGUUCAGGAGUCAGACGGCUGUUCACACCGACAGCAGAAUCCGCAUCAUGAACGAAGUGGUGUCUGGAAUCAGGAUCAUCAAGAUGUAUGCCUGGGAGAAACCCUUUGCUGCUCUGGUCUCUGACGUCAGGAGGAAGGAGAUCUCCAAGAUCAUGAAGAGCUCCUACCUGCGAGGUCUCAACAUGGCCUCCUUUUUCUGUGCCAGCAAGAUCAUCGUCUUUGUCACCUUCACCCUCUACGUCCUUCUGGGACACAAGAUCUCAGCCAGCAGUGUGUUUGUGACGGUGUCGUUGUACACCUCUGUACAACUCACCGUCACACUCUUCUUCCCCAAUGCCAUCGAGAAGCUGUUUGAGUGCCGCGUCAGCAUCCAAAGGAUUCAGGAGUUCUUGCUGCUGGAUGAGAUCACUAAAAGCAGCUCUGAUCUGCCAAAGGAUGAGAAGGAUGCAGCCGUGGAGGUCAAGGAUCUGACGUGCUACUGGGAUAAGAGCUUGGAUGCCCCGUCUCUGCAGAACGUCUCCUUCUCUCUGAAGUCAAAUCAGUUGGUGGCUGUAAUUGGACCAGUGGGAGCUGGAAAGUCGUCCCUGCUGAGCUCCAUCCUGGGAGAGCUUCCACCUGAGAAGGGGGUUCUGAAGGUGACAGGCCAGCUGACCUAUGCAGCCCAGCAGCCCUGGGUUUUUCCUGGAAGCAUCCGCAGCAACAUCCUGUUUGGAAAAGAGCUGAACCCCCAGAAGUAUGACAGAACCAUCAGGGCCUGCGCUCUGAAGAGGGACCUGCAGCUGCUCCCUGAUGGAGACCAGACGCUGAUCGGGGACAGAGGAGCCACGCUGAGUGGAGGACAGAAAGCUCGAGUCAACCUGGCGAGGGCCGUGUAUCAGGAUGCAGACGUCUACCUGCUGGACGACCCUCUGAGUGCCGUCGACGCCGAGGUUGGAAGACACCUCUUUGAACAGUGCAUCUGUGGCCUCCUGAAGGACAAACCUCGUAUCUUGGUCACCCACCAGCUGCAGUACCUGAAGGCAGCAGACCAGAUUGUUGUCCUCAAGGAGGGUCACAUGGUGGAAAAGGGAACGUACACGGAGCUGCAGCAGUCUGGGGUGGACUUCACCUCCCUGCUGAAGAAGGACGAGGAGGACGAGCAGCAGCAGCCGGCCCAGGACGUCCCAGCCAGGAGCAGAACCCUGUCCCAGAAUUCUGUGCUCUCCCAGACCUCCUCCGUGGAUGGAGACAGCUUACCGGCGGAGACGGUGCAGACGUUGGCAGAGGAGAGUCGAGCUCAGGGAACCAUUGGAGUGAAGCUGUACGUCAGAUACCUGAGAGCUGGAGCCAGCAUCCUGACUCUGCUGGCCGUCAUUCUGAUCAACCUGCUGGCUCAGGUAGCGUACAUCAUGCAGGACUGGUGGCUGGCCUACUGGGCUGAUGAGCAGGAAAGGCUCGAUGCUCUGAACUCCACCGUCACAAACGCCACCCUGGACAGAGAUUUCUACCUGGGGAUCUACGCAGGUCUGACCGGAGCCACCAUCAUCUUUGGCUUCAUGAGGAAUCUGGUUCUGUUCAACAUGCUGGUGAGGUGUGCUCAGUCGCUGCACAACGGCAUGUUCAAGACCAUCCUCAGAACGCCCGUACGCUUCUUUGACAUCAACCCCAUCGGAAGGAUCUUAAACAGGUUUUCUAAGGACAUCGGCCAGCUGGACUCCAACAUGCCGUGGACUUUUGUGGACUUCAUUCAGGUGUUCCUGCAGGUUCUUGGGGUCAUUGCUGUUGCAGCGUCGGUGAUCCCGUGGAUCCUCAUCGCCGUGGUUCCUCUUCUCAUCGUCUUCGUCUUCUUGCGUCGUUACUUCCUGCAGACCUCCAGAAACAUCAAACGCCUCGAGUCCACCACUCGGAGUCCCGUCUUCUCCCACCUGUCCUCGUCUCUUCAGGGCCUGUGGACGAUCCGAGCCUUCGGGGCUGAGGAGAGAUUCCAGAAAGCGUUUGACGCCCACCAGGAUCUGCACUCAGAAGCGUGGUUUCUCUUCCUGACGACUUCUCGCUGGUUCGCCGUCCGCCUCGAUUUCAUCUGCGCCGUUUUCGUCACCGUGACCACUUUUGGCUGUGUGCUGCUCCGAGACCAGCUGGACGCCGGCUCCGUUGGUUUGGCUCUGAGCUACGCCGUCACUCUGACCGGCAUGUUUCAGUGGGGCGUCCGGCAGAGCGCAGAGGUGGAGAACAUGAUGACCUCAGUGGAGCGGGUGGUAGAGUACUCUGAACUGGAGAGUGAAGCACCCUGGGAAACCCACAGGCGUCCUCCCCAGAACUGGCCCAGUAAAGGCCUGGUGACGUUUGACCAGGUCAGCUUCUCCUACAGUCCUGACGGACCGACGGUGCUGCACAACAUGAGCGCCGUGUUCCGGCCCAAAGAGAAGGUCGGUAUUGUGGGAAGAACGGGUGCUGGGAAAAGCUCUCUGGUCUCGGCUCUGUUCCGCCUGGCAGAACCUCAGGGGAAGAUCUACAUCGACGGCAUCGUGACCUCAGAGAUCGGCCUCCACGACCUGCGUCAGAAGAUGUCUAUUAUCCCUCAGGAUCCGGUUCUGUUUACAGGCUCCAUGAGGAAGAACCUGGACCCCUUCAACCAGCACACGGAUGAAGAACUGUGGAACGCUCUGCAGGAGGUGCAGCUGAAGUCUGUUGUGGAGGAGCUGCCCGGGAAGCUGGAGACGGUUCUGGCCGAGUCGGGCUCCAACUUCAGCGUGGGCCAGAGGCAGCUGGUGUGUUUGGCCAGAGCCAUCCUGAGGAAGAACCGCGUCCUCAUCAUCGACGAGGCCACGGCCAACGUGGACCCCAGGACCGACGAGCUGAUCCAGAAAACGAUCCGGGACAAGUUCAGAGAAUGCACCGUUCUCACCAUCGCUCACCGCCUCAACACCAUCAUAGACAGCGACCGCAUUCUGGUUCUGGAUGCCGGGGAGAUCCACGCCUACGACGAGCCUUACAGCCUGCUUCAACAUCCAGACGGCAUCUUUUAUAAGAUGGUCCAGCAGACGGGCAAACGGGAAGCUGCGGCUCUGCAGCUGGCAGCCAAGCAGGUUUACACCAGCCGAAGCCGUGCUAACGUUCCAAACGGACACGCAGAAACGGCAGACGGGAACAUGGUGAUCUUUGAGACGGCUCUGUGAGCUGAACAAGAGUCUGCUGUAAGAAGCCUCAGGGUGGCUGGCGGGCUCGUCCACCAGACAGACGGUGAGGAGACAGAACUCAGGACCGACAGAGUAGAGCUGUACUAAACCAUUAUUUUUUUAAUCGAUUAAUCUCGCGACUAAUUUUUCGAUUAACCUAUCGACUAAUUUCACGAUUAAGCUAACGAUUAUUUUUCAAUUUCCCGAUUAAUAAUAGCUUAUUUCCACCCAAAUGUUCCCCAAAUAAAUAUCAAAAAAAUUUCAAAUAUUUUCUUAAAUUUUGUAAUCUUAAAAUAUAAAUAAAGGCUUAUGCACAGCAAUUCUAUGUAGAAUCAAAUACAUAUAAAAGUAAAUUCUCAUUUACACUAAAUUUAAAAAUAAAUAAAAUAUUGGCUAUGGGAAAAUGAAACACAAAAGCACUGUGCAAAAUGAAUCAAAUAUCAAAAACCUCAAGGCGGGGGGGCGGGGGGGGCGGCAGUUACACUCACAGACGCAGCAGCAGUAGAACACAAACAGAGCAGGAGGGAGAGAGAGAAAGAGAGCCAGGGGCAACAAGACGAGACAUCGAUAGAAAGGUAAAGAAAAUGAGUGACACCAGGAAAAGGAGUAAAAUCUGGAACCAUUUCAAUUUGAUUGAUAAUACAAAGGCAGAGUGUAGAGUCUGCAAGAAAAGAGCCGCCUCCACAAACAACCUCCACAGGCACCUGAGAACUGUCCACCCAUCAGUGCAAUGGUUGAAUGUGGUAUUAAUGAAGGUGCCGGUGUGUCUACUGCUGCUGUUGCUUCUGCUGCUGCAGUAUCUACAGCAUCAUGUACUAUGCCACCACAGCCACCUAAACCUCCCACCCAGAGCUCUGUGACACAGUUUUUGCAGAAGUCUAUGACCAAGACAGAACUCAAUUGAUGAAGAACUGGCAAAAAUGACUGUCCUUGAUUUUCAACCAUUUUCAGUUGUGGAUGAUAAAGGAUUCUGGAAGUUUGUUCAUGCACUAAAUCCAAUGUAUGCAAUUCCAAGCAGGAAAACACUUUCCCAAAAAUCAUCCCAAGCCUGUAUGACACAGAACAUACAUUACUGCAAGAGAGGGUUAAAAAAGCCACAGCAGUCUGUCUAAUAACUGACAGCUGGACAUCCCAAACCAAUACAUCCUUCUUGUCAGUUACGUGUCACUUUAUUGAAAAUUUUAAAAUGGUGUUCUGUCUUCUGGAUUGUUUUGAGUUCAGCGACAGACACACUGCUGAGAACUGAGCAGAAGAGCUGCUCAAAGUGGCAAAAGAGUGGGAUGUGGAAAACAAAAUGGUUUGCAGUGUUUUGUGUUGUUUCACUUUAAAUUUGUUUAACCUUUUAAGCUGCAGUCAAUUCCAGGCAUUUUCAGUACAAAAAAUCGCUAAUAUUCUAUUUUUAAAUAAAAAAUAUGACGAGAAAUACAGGGAAUAUUGGACGCGCAUCACGAGGUGCAUUUUCUUUGAAAACGACCGAUUUGUGGAUUUUAUACCGACUUCAGGACAUGUUUUGGACAAAAUAGUUUACUGGCUUGUGUCAUCUGGAUGUCCAAGGUUGGAUUAUGGCCGUUUUUUGUGGAAUAUUUUCAUCUGUGUGUAAUAAUGAACCCGCAAAUGUGAGUUGCGCUGUGUGCUUUGAAGCCGUGUAUAGAGAACGGAUGGAUGGAUAUUUGUUUUUGUCGGACAAAUGUGUUUUUCUCACCCGCUGUGGUAAUCACAUCUGAAAGUGGUUUAUAUCGGCGGAUUCAUGAUAAUCUAAGCUUUCCAUCGGCGUAUAGUGUUUGUAUAAUUGUGUUUGCAGUUUCAGACAUUCUUUAAAUUCCUCUGCAAAUUAGUAGGUGUACCGCCGGCGGUACACUUUAGUUUAAGGGGUUAAAAGGAAAAAGCUGAAUAUUUGAAUAGUUGUAAAUUGAGUUGUAAAUUUUUGUUCUUUGUAUUUUCUAAUUUAUUUUUUCAUUUUUGUGGAGUGAAUAAAAAGCAUAUUUAUAUAAUACACGUAUAUAAAUAAAAAAAACACAGGCUUUUACAUUAGUCAUUCAUUUUGUGCAUAAUUUCAUAUUGCUGUUGAUAAUAAAUUAAUUAAAACAACAAAACAACCCGAAGAACCGCUUGGGAGCCGAAAGAGCCGGCUCUUUUUACUGAGCCGAGCCAAAAGAGCCGGCUCUCUAAAAAGAGCCGGAUUUCCCAUCACUAAUUUCUAUUCUGCACAGAGUGCAAAUGACAUUACUGUAUUUGCUGCUGCGCUUGUAGUAGUCCCAUGCUUUAGAUGAGCGAGGGGGAGCUCGCUUACUGUCUUUUUCGGGCUGAUUUGUUGCCUCCUCCAUCCUAACCGGUCUCCUGAGUGCGCGCGUGUGAGUAGCCGUCAUAUAUGUUUUGAUAGCAACGCGUCGACGUAUUUACGUAAUCGAUGACGUCGACUACGUCGAUGCGUUGCCUCAGCACUACUACAGAGGCUGCAGCGUCGGUGAACGUCUGAGCCAAACAGUCCAACGCCGUUUGUUGGAGCUCUCAGACCUGAGAAAUCACUGCUGUACAAACUGUUGAUGCAGACCAAUAUUUAUUAUCUGCUGCUUCAUAUUUAUCACGCUGAAUUGCUUUCAAACGGCCGCGUAAUGCUUCAAAACGAAGUGCCUUAUUUCAAGUUUGGGUAAAUGUAACUGUUCAAAGAAUAUCUGAGUCCAGGUAGCAGAGAAUCAAAGACUGGAUCUGCCUGAGGAUGCUGCUUAAUCAGACGCAGCAUUUUGGGUUUUUUUUCGUCAUUCAGACGUACCGGCCACUGUGAUGUCGCUAAACUUUAACCUUCAGCUUAGAGGAACAUCAGUGCUCUGACUGAAGGAACAUGAGCCGAUGUUCAUCCACACCUGAAGACACAUUUCACUGCAGCUGCACUUUUCUUUCUUUCAGUGACAAUCAGUUCUCAACACUAAUGUCUUUGCCUUAAACUAAUCUAGACACACAUGUACCAGACCUCAGAAACGGUCUGAAAAGGAGAUUCUACUGUAGAAGCCGUGGUCCUUGCACUUCCACUCCACUGAUUUAAGAGUUUACAGGGAGGAGGAAAUCUGAAGAGCUGCUACAGAGGAUGUGGAGUUUGUUGAAUGACUUUGAUCUGUUCACACUUGUUGUAUUAACUGCAAAUUUGUACAUUUGUUUUUGUCAAAUUCUGCAUAAAAGAUGCAUUUAAAAACA